AUGGACACGAAUCAAGCUAAUAACGCGGUCUCAAAGACUAGAUUGAUAUCUACGCUGCGCCUCCUUAUCCCGCGUCUCCGCCUCGUUCAGAAGAAAGACACGGCCUCUUCCGUUGUCCAGCGUCGCGAAUUAUCUCAACUUCUUAGUGAAGGACGCGAAGCAUCAGCGCGCAUCCGAGUCGAGAAUGUAAUCUCAACCGACAUUGCCGUGGAAGUGAUGGAGAUGGUGGAGCUCUACUGCGAGUUGCUUCUGGCGCGUGCCAAUGUGCUGGACCAGCUCGCAUUCGGAGAGAAGGGCACCCGUGCUAGAUUGCGCGCCAAGGAACUUUGGAAGCGAAAUAAUCAAGCGCAAACCGGAGGAUCAUCGAGCACAGCAACAGCUGCGGAGAGCUCUGGGUCUCUGUUUGGAUUUGGCUGGUUUUCGGGUUCGCAAAAGAAAGAGGCUAGCCCAUCUGCGACCGGCGCAAAUCACACCGAUGAUGCCUUGACCGACGAGGAGAAUGCUUAUAUGGAUACUGCAUUGGAUGAAGCGGCUGUGGCUAUUUUCUACGCGUGGCAUCGCUUCCCACAUGAACUGCGCGAGUUAACUAUGCUUCGGACCAUGCUUGGAGAACGAUAUGGCAAAGAAUUCAUGGCGCUGGCACAGGACAACAAAAUCGACUCGGCAAAGGUGCCUGAGCGACUUUUGAAGGGGUUGCGAUUGCGACCUCCUGGGCCGGAGCUGGUGGAGAGUUAUCUGCGAGAGAUUGCGAAAGCAUAUGGAAUCCCAUGGCCCGCAGAAGAGGAUUUGGAACUCCAGGAAGAGCUUGGCGAUGCCCCGCCGGAAUAUGUGGACGAUCAAGGUGACGAUGAUAAUGGGGAUCUACCGCAGACCCCAAGUAAACAACAGGGAGAUCGACCUAAUUUCUCCGAGGCUAGACGAGCCUCUGAGACCAGUGAAUUGAACAAAGCCACUCCUCCACGGGGUCAAGCUACGGGACGCAGCCCCGUCAUUGUGGCACCCCCUGCUCCUAGGACAGACAAUCCAAACCCACGAGUCAAAGUCCCUGGGGCAGAUCAAGAGGGUGGGAAACCCACCAAGCAAGAAUCUACAGCACAGAGCAAAAGCAAUAGUAGUGGGAUUCCCGAGCUGGAUGAGCUUACACGGCGGUUUGCAGACCUCAAGAGAAAACCUUAG